AUGAAAUAUUUUCAAAAUGGAAUUAACUAAAUUUGUGCAUAAAUCAUUCGGCCCCUCAGAGCUGAAUAUCAACAGUAUGAUUUAGGCCCUAUUUAAGAUUAAACAUACACCAGAAAUGAUUUCGAUUUAGUGAAUCAUUGUCAACAGAGGAUAAAAGUAUCACUAUUUUAAGGUAAUGUUUAAAGUGAUGUUUGCAUCAUUUAUUUACAUUCAGCCAAUGGAUGUAGAUUAGAAGCCUUAAGAUAUGUGAAUGAGAUCUUGAAUUAAAAUUACAUGUUUCUUACUUUUGAUUUUACUGGCAGUGGCAUAUCGGAUGGCAAUCAAGUUACCUAUGGUUAUAGAGAAAUCUAUGAUUUGCAGACUGUUAUCACACACAUAAGUCAAUAUGCUAAAUCUAUUGUUUUAUGGGGAAGAUCUAUGGGUUCUGUAGUUGCUUUGCUGUAUAUGCAGUAAUUCCAAAAUGUUUUUGUAAAAUGCAUGGUUCUUGAUAGUCCCUUUAUUUGUUUGUAAGAUAUUGUAGUGCAGAUGGCUUCAAAAAGAACCAAAAUUCCAAAUUUCAUUUUGAACUCUCUAUCCUCCUAUGUGUCUGAUGAAAUCAAAAAUCAAUGCGGUUUUACAAUGAAUGAGAUCAAUUGUUUAAAUAAUAUAAAGCUUAUAAAAAUACCUGCCUUUUUUAUCACUUCAAAGAUUGAUUCAAUAGUCUCGCAUGAAUAAACUGAAAAACUAUUUAAUCACUACUAAGGAAUCAAGACAAUCUAUUACACCAAUUAGGAUCACAAUGAAACAAGAGACUUUACUUUGGUUGAUAAAGUGAUGAGUUGGUUAAAUCAACAAUUAUUAAGUGUUGGUCAAAGAAUCAAACAAAAAAUAAUAUUUAAAGAUCAUCCAAUUCCAAUCAAAUUGAUUGAUCUCAACAGUUUCAAUAAUAAAGAGAGAUCCUCAACCUUUGAUGGUACUAAUAUUAUCAUUUUAGACAAUAGAAUAAUGUCCAUUUCCCCUAAACAAAAAAUAACCAAUAUUCAAUAGAGAUUCCAAUAGGUUCUAUAAACUUAGAGAUCAGCAUUCAUAGAAAGGUCUAUUUCUACUAAUAAGAUGAACAUAUCUGUGGAUGUUUAUGACACUAAUCAAGUUAAGUUAAUGAACCAAAAUAAACUCAAAUAAUAAAACUAUUUUAAUUAACAUACUAAACCCAUCGCAUUUACAAAAGUACCCAAUAAAACCAGAGAUUCCAGUCAUCAUAGAUAUUGA